CAAAUCAUCCACUCUCUCCGCUUGUGCUCGUACCAUGAGCUGAAUCUGUCCGGGACAGACCAGGGAAGAUGGCGGCCACUGACCAUUCCCGGUCCGAAGCUGCCAAACAGCGACGGCAGGAUCAGCUGCAGCGAUGGCUGGGCUCCGAGACGGAUCAGACGGGAUCGGAGGCCCGGGAAACUUUAGGCGGUUCCGGUACGCGACGGGCGAAAGUCCGAUUCGCCCAAGGAGCCGUGUUUAUGGCCGCCUGCUCUGCCGGAGACCGGGAGGAGGUGGCGGCGCUGCUUCGGCAGGGAGCUGACAUCAACCACGCCAACAUCGACGGGCUGACAGCGCUUCACCAGGCCUGCAUCGAUGAAAACGCUGAGAUGGUGCAGUUUCUGGUGGAGAGCGGGAGUGACAUAAACAGAGGGGACAACGAGGGCUGGACUCCUUUACAUGCUGCAGCUUCCUGCGGUUUCAUCCAGAUUACCAAGUACCUGAUCGAGCAUGGCGCUCACGUUGGGGCGGUGAACAGUGAAGGCGAGCUUCCUCUGGACGUGGCCACAGAAGACGUCAUGGAGAGGCUUCUCAAAGCUGAAAUCAAAAAACAAGGCAUUGACGUGGAUCUGGCCAGAAAGGAGGAGGAGAGGAUCAUGCUCCAGGACGCCGAGGCAGUGCUGGCAGGAGGCGGCACUCUCACACCUCACCCAAACACCAAGGCAACCGCUCUGCACGUUGCCGCUGCCAAAGGCUACAUAGAAGUCCUGAAGGUGCUCCUGCAGUGUGGGGUGGACGUGGACGGCCGGGACGUGGACGGGUGGACGCCCCUGCACGCGGCCGCUCACUGGGGGCUGGAGGAGGUGUGCACCCUGCUUGCAGACAACAUGUGCGAUAUGGGCGCUGUCAACAACGUGGGCCAAACCCCUCUAGACGUUGCUGAUGAGAACCUGGUGGACUCUCUGGAGGAGCUGCAGAAGAAACAGAACGCUUUACGCAGCGAGAAAGAGAAACAGACUCCUGUUAUUGAAACCAGCCAGCAGAUCUCCAUGGUACCACCUCGUACACGCAGGACUUCUAUCUCUCGUAUGAGCAGCAAGGAGAAGAUCUGCCUCCACGAGCGAGAGAAGCACCCGCCUCCCGCCUUGCCCAGCAGCCCGGCUGAGGAGGAGGAGGAGGAAGGCCAGACGGGGCGGAGCCAGACUCAGAACCAAGGGAAGGCCUCCAGCAGCUCCAGCUCAGAGGAGGAGAGCGAAUCGGAGAGUGACGCGGAGUCUGAGAAAGCAAAAAACCGAGAGAUCAUAAACAACUUGAACAACAAACGCAACGCCACUGGCCUGCUUCCUACCUCCAUGUCAACAAGCACUCCUGCAAGCCAAGUGAAAAAGCAAGACCAUAGCAAGCCUCAAGUCCCAGAGGCUCCCGCUCCAGGCUCCUGGAGAACAUCCCUGAGGAAAGCAGGCAGCUCAGUGACUCUGGGCUCGGCUGGAAUCUCCGACUCUACCCAGGACUCCAGCAGACCUCCAGAAACCGCCCUGGGCAUGACCCGCUCCGCCUCCAGCCCCCGCCUCAGCUCCGAGGCCGAUACCAAGGAACCACGGCUCGCUCGCGUGCCGCCCAUCCCGACACGGAGGCUCUUCAGUAUACCAGACAGCAGCCCUGACAACUCCAACAGCUGGCUGAGCCGUAGCUCCUCUUACACCAGGCGCCUCCAUAGUCAGUCAGGGAAUGAUCUCACUAGCUCCACCCCCUCUUUGCUUCACAGCUCAUCUUAUGGACGGAGACUGGAUGAUCCCACUGUGACCUCGACCAGCACAGGAACGAGUUUUUCCGGACUCAGCCGCCUCAACAGCGUCUUGGCCCAGAGACUUCCUCAGGAACAGGCAGAGAAGAAGGAUCAGUCGGCCGUCACCACCUUCAACUCGCGCAUCGCCGGGGAGCAGGAGACCAAACAGAGGCGCAAGUCAUAUCUGACACCAGUGCGGGAUGAGGAGGCAGAAGCACAGAGGAAAGCUCGAUCAAGACACGCACGGCAGUCCCGCCGCUCCACCCAGGGGGUGACGCUCACGGAUCUGCAGGAAGCGGAGAAGACGAUGAAGACGGACAACAAAGGGAGAGAGAAGGACGACGAAGAGAAGGAGAAAGAGAAGGAAGCCAAGCCAAAGAAGGGAGAGGAAGGGGAAGUGAGCUGGAGGUCUCGUAUCGCCAGCCUGCAGAAGUCCGACCUGCUGGGCCUCACGCAGCCCACUGGCACGGCAAGGCCCGAGAGGAGAGAGAUUGAAGCCAGCUCAGGGGAGAGUGAGACGGAGCGAUGGGCAAGGGAGCGAAGGGAGAGGAGGCAAGCUCGAGCCAGAAGAAAAGCACAAAAGACCGGGGAGAGCGAUGACAAUGAUCCCAGUGGAGAGGAAGAGUUCUCAGGCAGUGGGCAGGACCAACAGACGGACCAACACUUAAGUUCUAGGCUGGACUUAUCCUGUAACGACUGGUCCCAGGGCGGGAGCUCAGAGUCCAGGGAUUUUAAGAAGAUGUUCGAAGACGUGUCCAGAGAAAACAGUCAGCUCCAGUCUCAGCUGCAGGACACCCAGAGGAUUGUCAGUCAGACCAGGUUGGACCUGGAAAAGGCCACACAGCGACAGGAGCGCUUCAGUGACUGCUCAGCCUUACUGGAGCUGGAGAGAAAGGACCGGAAGAUGUUGGAGCGGCGAAUGGCAGAGCUGGAAGAGCAGCUGAAGGUUCUGGUCGACCUGAGAGCAGACAACCAGCGUCUUAAAGAUGAAAAUGGAGCACUGAUCCGUGUCAUCAGCAAACUCUCCAAAUAGACUGAGGGAGUGCGAGACACCAAGAUCAGGGAACGCCCCCUCCCUCAAUGCAUCUAUCCGUCCAUCCUUCCACACAUUCCUCCGAGUGCCAAAGAGUGAGAGAGGGGGAGAGAAUGUCCUACAUGUACACGAACACCACAGCUUGACUUGGAUUGUGACGCCUCCCUGUGAACAGCUGGAGAGGCUUUUUUUCUGCGUGCCUUAAUGCCCGUUUUGUCACAGGAUGGCGUAAAAGGAGGCUCAAACAGCAGCACCAUGAGACUUGACAACAGCCAGAAUGCCCACAGCUGGUGCAACACACACACACACACACACACACGCACACGCACACACACAACACAACAUCUAUGUACUUUGCAUCAGGGAAACACUAACAAGCACACACAUUCCCAUGCGUGCAUCACACACUUCCUCGAUGCCACAUUCCACGAACGCACAAGGCAGCUUGGGCCUUAAAGAUCCCACCAUAUAUAGUAUUUAUUUUAAGUGAACACACUCACGUCACAUUCUUCACAAAUUUAAAACCCAAUUUAAACCCCCUCACAGUUCAAAUGUAACGUCGUCAAGCAGGUUUUUGGUGAAGAUCUUCUUUAAAUUAAAAAAAAAAAAAAAAAAAAGCCAUUUCAGGCUCUGUCUUUACAUUCAACAACGUCCUGACGACAGGGGGAAGUCCAUGAAGCUGUUGGGUUGUUUUGUUUCCACAUGCAAGUGUUUGAACCCACCUACCUCUCCACCUAUGCACCUCCCCUCAUACUUAUAGUUUUGUGACAACAGACUCACUCCAUGCUCUUUAAAAAAAAAAAGAAGAAAAAAAAGAACAUGACCGCAGAAUCCGGUCAGUUGACCACAGCACUUUACUCCUUACAAAGCAAUAAAAGACCCGUGAGGCUUUGUCCGUCCUCCAGACAAACUCAUUUCUCACUGAGGUGUAGUGGAGGGAGAAGUAACCUACAGCUUAAGGUCAAAGAUCAUUGCACAAUUAUGGAAAUUGCUGUUCUGUCGAAGGCUUUUCAUGCUAUGGAGGGGUUUAAUUAUUACCAUUUAUGAAGAUAUUAUUUUCAUAGUUUGUUAUCGUCAAUUCCUCUCGUGCAAGCGAGCAUGGUUAUGUAUAUUAAAUGUGUAUAAAUAUUAGGCUUGAAUAAUACCCUUUCUGACAUCAGUCCCAUGUAGCCUUUCUUCACAUGUUGGUUUUCUAAUAUAUUGAAUGGAUGUCUGCACCCUAAUAAAAAAAAUUGUUUAUA